AUGAUUAUUGGUGAAGCACGUUCGGAAUGCUCUAUUGCUAUUUCCAAACAGACGAAUCACACCUUAGUACCUCAAAUCUCGUACGCGUCGACGUCUCCUUUUCUCUCUGACAAAAUCACGUUUCCAUUUUUCUUUCGCACUUGGCCGUCCGACGUUUAUCAAGCAAAAGCACUUGGCGAAUUGGUGAAGAUUCACGAGUGGAAGAAGAUGGGGACAAUUGCCGUAAAGGACGAAUAUAGCCAGGAACUUGUACGCCGUACGGAGAAAAUCCUCACUAAAGAAAACAUUGUUUUGGGUGCUCAGGAGCGAAUGAAACAUGGUGAUUACAAAGAUGUUGCUAAUCAUCUGAAAGAGGGCGAGAGUUGGGUCAAAGUAGUUACGUAUACAGCUGAAGAUGGUCUCCAGCUCACGGGGCACAUCGUCUGGCCUGGAGGUGGGUUGAGCACACCAUCAGAACAUCAACCACAGUAA